CAUCCAGAAUCGAGCAUAUCAAAUUUACUCGAAUUAGUUGACGAUCUGUUGCGACAAUUCGACCAGGAUGGCGAUGAUCAGCUGACAAUCGAAGAGUUUUCCGAAGUGAAUGUGGAUGAUGAUGAAGAUUUGCGCAGAAAAUCGCUCAUCUCACAAACGGUGGUGGAGAGAAGGGAGGAAUUUAAGCGCAUAAUUGAUAAGAAUAACGAUGGCAAAGCGGAUAGAGAGGAGUUGUUGAACUAUGUAAAUCCGAAGACGCCACGUUAUGCGCUACAAGAGGCGGCGACGCUAUUCAGCUUGUGUGAUGAAAACAAAGAUGGGCGACUGACUUUAAAUGAGUUAACUGAGAAUGCAGAGAUUUUCCUUACAUCAAAAAUAAUAGAUACGGCUAAUAGUUUUCACACGGAAUUCUAAAUGCAACACACACACA